AACCCUCAGCGUUGUCGAUCAAAGUAAAUGAAACCGCUCCUUCGCCUCUUCUGACUUUGUGAUAUUGAACCAUCUCCUUGACUUCUUCCUCUUCUUCUACUCUUCUUCUACUACUCUUCUCCUCUUCUUCUCCUCUCUCCUCACCUCCCUCCCUCCCUCCUCACCUCCUCACCAUGCGCGUCCUCGCUCGGCGCCAGCUCUUCCCCUCCCUCCUCUCCCUCGCCAUCCUCUUCCUCGUCUGCUCCCUCUGCUACCUCUUCCUCUCCGCCCCCUUCUCCCCCACCAUCGUCGUCUUCGGUGACUCCUGGUCCGACGACGCCCGCAGACCAACCCCUUCCUCCGUCCUCUCCGCCUCCGACAGCCGGCCCGUCAUCCCUGACGACGAGUCCAUCUUCUACACCUCUGCCUCCUCUGAAUCCUCCUCCUCUGAAUCCUCCUCCUCCUCCUCCUCCUCCAACUCUGAGUUUGGCCGCGGCAACCACGGCCGCUGGUGUGAUGGCCCCGUCUGGCCAGAGUAUCUCUGCCAGAUGUACGGCUGCCGCGAGCUUCUCGACCUUGCCUACGGCGGCGCAAAGAUCACAAACCAGUACGUGAGCUCGCCCGUGCCCGACCUCAUCAGCCAGUACAGCAACUUUGUCGACAUCCGCAACGCGACCAUCCUCGCCGAAGAGCGCGAGGACCUCGACACCAUCGACGACCUCGUCGACAGCCGCAAGCUCUCGCGCGCGCAGGCCGAAGAGGCCGUGAACCGCAUGCGUCUGCAGCAGAACCGCGAGACGCUCUACGCCUUCUACUUUGGCAUCAACGACAUCAUCCAGUACAUCUCCAUCCUGCCCAACACCCAGGACCGGACAAACGCGAUCGCGUCCUCGGUCUCGCUCAUGUUUGACAUCGCCGCAAACAUCGCCGAGGGCUUCCCGCAGUCAAACUUCCUCUUCCUCAACGCAAUCGACGUCACCUUGCUCCCCAUCUGGCAGCAAAGGUUCACCGAAAACGACCGCUACAUGCACCGCUUCCGCGAAGCUGUCCAUCUCUCCCAGGUCUGGCAGCAGGAAGUGCUCAUCCACCUCGGUCGCUGGAACAGCACGAUCGGCUCUGCGCAGAUCUUUGAAACCAACUCUUGGCUCGCACGGUCAAUCUCCGGUGUUGCUGCAAGCGGCUUUACCGACAUCUCGCACGCCUGCUUCGACCAUGCCUCGGGCACCCUCUGCUCCAAGCCAGAGACCCAUUUUUUCUGGGACGCUGUCCACCUCUCGACUGCCGCCCACAAGGCUCUUGCCAAACGGCUAAGUUAUCUCAACCUGUGGCCCUCCACCAGCUCUUUCGGCGACGAAUCCGAUCAAUGAUCAUCGUCCUCUCAUCUUCCUUCUCCGUUUUCACUUCUCAUUGUGCUUUCUGUAGUAUAAGCCUUGUAUAUUGACCUGCCUUGCAUCACGACUCUGUUUUAAUCUUGCCCUCAUCUUUUUGCUCUCUUUCACUUUCUGGUUCGGUUUACGACUCUUCUUAUUCUUACAUGUCGCGUCACGCCUGUCUUAUGUCUUGUAUAAAUGAUGGCUGCAAAAGCUCUUGCGUCUGACGUGCACAACGGUUUUUUGUCUGCUGUUUUAUGUGUCUUGUUUAUUCUUUUGGAGUACGUGCUUUUCUUCUUUCUUUGUCAUUAUGAAAAUGAAUCCGAUUCAGUAGUUACAGGUUACGAGCAAUCCAGACCUCUACUUCUACAUCUUUCUCCACAUCCCCUUUCCUCCUCUACACUAAACCAACUCAUCCACCUCAUCACCACUUAUCUCAUUCAUCACAUCACCGGGAUCAUCACAAACCUCACCUAAAUCACCAUUCUGGA